UCUGAUUGGCUCUGCCUCCGCUCGCCCCGCCCCCGCCCCGCCGGCUCGAGGUCCGCCAUUGGUUGCCGCGGCGCGCGGCACGGUUUGAGCUGUGGCCGUUGCGGCGCCAUCGCGGCGGGAGCGGUGAUGCCGCGGGAGGAUGAGCGGGCGAUCCCGGUGCGGGUGGCGCUGCGCUGCCGGCCCCUGGUGCCCAAGGAGGUCAGCGAGGGCUGCCAGAUGUGCCUGUCCUUCGUGCCGGGGGAGCCGCAGGUGGUGGUGGGGAAUGACAAGUCCUUCACAUACGACUAUGUGUUCGACCCAUCUGUGGAGCAAGAGGAAGUCUUUACCACAGCCGUCGCGCCCCUCGUACGGGGCAUCUUCAAAGGGUAUAACGCUACUGUCUUAGCCUAUGGACAAACAGGAUCUGGAAAAACAUUUUCCAUGGGAGGCGCCUACACUGCCAGUCAAGAGGAUGACCCAAGCGUGGGUGUCAUCCCUCGGGUAAUCAACCUGCUGUAUAAGGAGAAGGAGCAACGGCAGGACUGGGAAUUCGUCCUCAGAGUUUCUUAUCUAGAGAUCUACAAUGAGGAUAUUCUGGACCUGCUCUGCCCGUCAAGAGAACGGACUUCUCAGAUCAGUAUACGGGAAGAUCCCAAGGGAGGCAUAAAGAUUGUAGGGUUAACAGAAAGAAGAGUCACCUGUGCUCAAGAUACUGUGUCCUGCCUAGAGCAAGGGAACAAUUCCAGAACGGUGGCCUCCACAGCAAUGAAUUCCCAGUCUUCACGGUCCCAUGCCAUCUUCACCAUUAGCAUUGAUCAGAUGAAGAAGAAUGACAAGAACAGUGUUUUUCACUCCAAGCUGCACCUGGUUGAUCUUGCUGGUUCUGAGAGACAGAAGAAGACCAAGGCUGAGGGAGACCGACUCAAGGAAGGCAUCAACAUCAACAGAGGUCUCCUCUGCCUGGGGAAUGUCAUCAGUGCUCUUGGUGAUGAAAAUAAAAAGGGAGGGUUUGUUCCCUACAGAGACUCAAAGUUAACAAGGCUGCUGCAAGACUCUCUGGGUGGUAACAGCCACACUCUCAUGAUUGCCUGCGUAAGCCCAGCCGAUUCCAAUCUAGAAGAAACUCUGAAUACUUUGCGUUAUGCUGACAGAGCAAGAAAAAUAAAAAAUAAGCCGAUUGUCAACGUUGAUCCUCAGGCAGCUGAGAUUCAUCAUCUGAAGCAGCAGGUUCAGCAGCUGCAAGUGCUACUGCUGCAGGCCCACGGAGGGACCCUCCCAGUGUCAAUCAAUAGUAUGUCACCUUCGGAGAAUCUCCAGUCCCUGAUGGAGAAGAACCAGUCGCUAAUGGAGGAGAAUCAAAAGCUGAGCCGGGGGCUGAGUGAGGCUGCUGGGCAGACAGCACAGAUGCUGGAGAGGAUGAUUUUGGCAGAACAAGAAAAUGAGAAGACGAAUGCCAAGCUAGAACACCUUCAGCAUACUGUAUGCGUGCUUGAUCUUCAGAAGGUGGUGGAGACUGUGGAGGAUGAGGAACUCAAAGAGGGGAUUCGCGAUCUGCAGCAAACGUUGGCUCACUUGCAGAGUGAAAAAGCUGCUGCCAUGGAAGCUGCUGCGGAGAUGGCAAACUUGGAGCAGAGUGCUACAGCUGAAGGUGAAUUGGGCCAGGAUACCAAGAGAUCCUCGGAUGACUUCACCACUCAGCAUGCCCUCCGUCAAGCACAGAUGUCCAAAGAGCUCCUGGAGUUAAAUAAAGCACUGACUCUGAAAGAGGCACUUGCCAAAAAAAUGACACAGAAUGAUAGUCAGCUGGAGCCCAUUCAGUCCCAGUACCAGACUAAUAUCAGGGAUCUGGAAUUGGAGGUCAGCAAUUUGCAAAAAGAAAAGGAGGACCUGGAACUUGCUCUGCGCGUGGCAAAGAAGGAUGUUAACCAAGCCAAACUGAGUGAACGGCGUCGGAAAAGACUUCAGGAGCUGGAAGCGCAAAUUAGUGAGCUGAAGAAAAAGCUAAUUGAACAGUCCAAGCUCUUGAAGCUGAAGGAAUCCACGGAACGCACUGUCUCCAAACUGAACCAGGAGAUCAGGGAAAUGAAAAAUCAAAGGGUCCAGCUGAUGCGUCAGAUGAAGGAGGAUGCUGAGAAAUUCAGGCAGUGGAAACAGCAGAAGGAUAAGGAAGUGAUCCAGCUGAAAGAACGGGAUCGCAAGAGACAAUAUGAGCUCCUUAAGAUGGAACGAGAUUUCCAGAAGCAGGCCAAUGUACUUCGGCGUAAAACAGAAGAGGCAGCAGCUGCUAACAAACGCCUGAAGAUUGCUCUGCAGAAACAACAGGAGGCUGCGGAUAAGCGGAAGGCGAGUCAAAAUCGGGAAAUGGAAGGAACUGCUGCGCGAGUAAAGAGCUGGCUCACAAACGAAGUAGAGGUUCUCGUUAGUACUGAAGAGGCUCGCCGGCACCUUGCAGACCUGCUAGAGGACAGAAAGAUCUUGGCACAGGAGCUCCUUCAGCUUAAACAGAAGAAAGAGGCUGGGGAAAACCUACUUGUAAACAUCCGGAGACGCACCUACGCCCUCUCGGAUGUGCAGUCAUCGGAGAUGGAUGUUUCCUUGUCAAAGCAGAUAGAAAGCCUGGAGACUGAGAUGGAGCUCAGGAGUGCCCAGAUAGCGGAUCUACAGCAGAAACUCUUAGACGCAGACAGUGGAGAUCGUGUGAAACAGCGUUGGGACAGUAUUGCAACUAUUCUAGAGGCAAAAUGUGCUUUGAAGUAUCUCCUUGGAGAGCUGGUCUCCUCAAAAGUGGAGAAGAGCAAGCUGGAGAGCAGCCUCCAGCAGAGCGAAGCCGACUGUUCGGACAUACAGAAGAUGCUGACUGAAGAGCGAAACCACAUAACGGAGAUGGAGGCUGAGUUCCAAAAUCAGCUUUUGGUGCAGGAACAACACCACCAGGAGAAGGUUCAGUACCUGCUCAGCCAGCUUCAGCAAAAGGAAGCAGUGGAGAAGAAACUAGAAGAUUCACUGAGUGAGCAAGAGAAACAGCUCCAAGAGCGACUCCAGUUCCAGGAGGAAGAGAUGGAGAAAAUGAAGGAGAGGCAGCAAGGUCUUCUCCAGGAAAAUGACACCCUUAAACAGAAACUGCUGCUCCUCCAGGUUGCCAGCGGACAGAAGCUCCAUCGUGUUCAGCAAAAGCCACCUGAGUCCCCAGAUUCUUCUUUUGAUUACAUUCCACCCAAACCAAAAACUCGCCGGCAAACAACAGCAAAACGCCGUGCGCCAGCCCCAGAGAUGGAUGUGGAAGAGCUGUUCUCCGACUCAGAUUCUGGAAGGGAGGAGGAGGACACAGACUGGGUUCCGGUAAAAGCAGUCAAAGGAGCAAAGAAAAGCGUGACGGGGUGCUCCUGCAAGGGCCGCUGUGGCAACCGGCUGUGUGGCUGCCGGAAGCAGAAGGUGGGCUGCACCGAUGGCUGUAGCUGCGACGCAGCAAAGUGCAGGAACCGGGAGCCUGGCUUUCCGGGUGCCACACUGGGCGAGGACCAGACGAGCAGCUCUGGUUCCUUCAAACUCGAAGACACCACUGAAGAGGCUGCAGAUGAGACCUUCUUUACGCCCCUGCCCAUCACCUCCUUUGGACAGGUCCUGAAGGAUAUCCCAGACCAAGACGUUCCCAUGAAGAAGCCUGGCAGUGCAGCUUCCCCGCUCCUGAGGGAUGAGGAGGCCCGAGAGAACCAGGUGCCACUUGUAAAGAGAAAGAAGAAAAUGCUGAGCAGCAACACCAGCUUCUUCUCGGGCUGCACCCCCAUUGGAAGGGGCCUGGAGGGCUGAGCCCGGACGAUGCCCCAUGAGGGGUUGUGCGGUGCUGCUGGAAAAAAAUCACCCUCAACGUGGUCUAAAGCAUUGACAUCUCUUGCUGUGACAAAAAGCCCAUCGUGCCUGCCUGCUUCUGGCAUCAGCAAGGGAGUUAAGCACUAGUUUGUGGUAAAUUAUGUCCGAUUCCUUGUAAAUACUUGUAUGUGUGGGGCUUGAGGGGUUGGAAGGAACCCUUCCCUCUGAAAUUUCUGGAGCGAGUGGAGGGAACUUAGCCAGGUUGAUUCCAGUUGCCUUCCUCAUCCUAAGCUGUGAACACAUCGGGUACGGUUUGAGCUGUCAUCGGGCUGCUCUCCCUGCAGCACAAGGGAUGUUCCAAGCCGCCCUGCGCCCGCCCCUGGCACCUCAUCCCCGGGAGCAGAGAGGCUGUAGUCUUAAUUGAGCGAGCAGGUAUGAAAGGGCCAGAGUGCUGCUCUGUCCUCAUUCCAUGGAGUCAGACUUGUCAGUUUAAAUGUUGUUGUGGUAUUUUUAACUUGGUUUUUUUUAGCUUUAAUAAAGUAACAAAUAGACCCCCUGACUUGUAGUGUGACAUUACAGGUAUAAACUGUAGAGGGGCAGAUUUAGACUGGAUAUUAGGAAGAACUUCUUCACCAUAAGAGGGGUG